AUGAAUAUAUUAUAAGAGUAUCAAUUGCAAGAGUGUUUGGGGAAUGGAUCUUAUGGGAUAGUACAUAGUGGUGUGAAUGUAGAGAGUGGGAAACGAGUGGCUAUAAAGAUGUUAAGAGAGACCUUUGAAUCAAUUGAAGAGUGUUUAAAAUUGAGAGAAGUUAAGGCGUUGAUGAAAUUGAAGGAGCAUCCAAACAUCAUAAAAUUGCUCGACAGUAUGCAUAAGUGCAUGUGUUAGUGCGAUACGAGAAUAAGCGCCUGUACUUGAUCUAUGAAUAUGUGGAGAACAAUGUGUACUAGCUAUAUACAUAGGAUAAAUUGGAUGAGGAUAGGAUAAAGCAUAUAAUAUUGUAAUGUGCAAAUGCUUUACUUCAUAUUCAUCAUUUGGGAUACUUUCAUAGGUAUAAUGAAUUAUAGUAUAAGUAAGGGAUAUAAAGCCAGAGAACAUAUUGAUUUAGAAUGAAUGUGUGAAAUUGAUAGACUUUGGCCUUUCUAGAGAAGUAAAACCACCAUUUACAGAUUAUGUAUCAACUCGUUGGUACAGAGUAAUGAAUAAAAAAGAUUAUAAGGCUCCUGAAAUUCUUUUGCAUUAAACAAGUUAUGAUUCUUAGAUUGACAUCUUCGCUUUGGGAUGUGUGACAUGUGAAUUAUUUUUGGGGAGACCUUUAUUUGUUGGUGCAUCUGAAUUAGAAUAAUUUGAUAGAAUGUUAUAAAUAUUGGGGUAUAUAUUGAUAAGUCAAAAACUUUUAGAACUUUCAAUAAUUAAGAUUGGAGUGAAGGUGUCAAAUUGGUAAAUCAAUUGGGAUUGAAAUUGACACAUUACCCAUAAAAGUUGUUACAUGUGAUUAAAGCAUCUCCAAUGGCUUUAGAUUUGAUAUAAGGAAUGCUGAAAUGGAAUCCAAAGUAACGAUUUACAGCUAAACAAAUAACUGAACAUUUACUAUUUAAAUAGUAAUAGACAACACCAGAAUUUGCACCAAGAAAACUAUAGGACAUUGGUUAAUAACAACAGGAAUUGAAGAAGUUUACAAAUUAAAAACAAUAAUACUAAUCGAAGAAGUGAU